GUGUCACAUCCUCUCUUCUUCAUUCUUUUUUGCCUUCAUUCUCUCUUUAAUGAUGCAGGAUAAUACCAUAUUGGUCUUGCGAAAGGCUACUUUUAGGAGAGAAUCUUCUGCUCAUAUUUCUGCGGCUGCUGCUAUUGUUGAAUCACUUUUAGCUGAAAAACGGACAGAAAAAAAUGUAUCGUUGUCUCUUCAAAAAAUAAGCAGCCAAGCCUCUUGCAACCAGAAAACUGAAGUUUUUCGUACAGCUGAGACUGACCUUUUUGACAAGCUUAGUGGUUCACUGGAGAGGUGUCUUUGUCAGCAGGUAUUGUGACAGGCUAAAUAGUUUCUCUCAUUGUAAUUAUUUUCAGGCUGCAGGAGAGAGUUAACCCGCUUGACCUCAGCCAAGAGUCAGAGAGAUUGUGUACCAUGGAUUAUUGAAGCUGGUGUUGAUAGACCCUUUGAGUGCUGCACGUGUUUUAGAUUUUCUCUUGCCUCAUUUUCAACGAACUCUCACCAAGGAUUCUCAGCUGAUUGAGAUUAUCGAAUGCGUUAAAAUAGAGAGUGGUGAAUUCUUUAUUAAAGAGCCAUUUGACUGCCUUCUGUACUGCAUCAGUUGGAUCCUGCAACUAUUUCAUCAACAUGUCACUGAUCCUUCCGUUUUGUCGGAUUUGCCUGGCUUCUCUCUUAUCCAAGAGAAUGAGGCAAGAACAAACCCUGCUAGCCAAAUAUUAUCCCAUGGUUUGCUAGAGAUAAGGGAUCUCAUCAAAACUGUGAGACUAUCAGGCAUACUUGAAGAUCUCGUAGCAGAAGGUACCCUGGCAUCUGGACAUGUGUUAAUGCUCAAUUUACUUUUUUUGGGGUUUAUUGAAGUGAAUUUGAAUAGCACCUUCUUUGAGCUGGACAAAGCAACUGAUGUCAAGAAGGUCGAUUUGACGAAAGAGCUUUCUAAUUUAAUUUGCCUCUAUGAGUGUGCCGAAGAAAACACAAGUAAAGAUAUGCUGAAGAGAGCUGUAAAAAGAAGACUUACGUGCUCUUCGGGUAACUUUGGUUCAGACAAGUUGUACUCAAACUGCACUAAACUUCAUGAGAGAUUCCCACGCUUAAAAACUUCAAGCAUUCAUCAACUACUGCUCGGUGCUUUGAAAAAAUUUGAAGGAGAUUUUAAGGAUGAAAGUGCAGUGCAUUCUAAUCUUUUUGAUUUAUUACCUGAUAAUUUACCUGUGCUACCGGUAAAUCUAUCUUUUAUCUUGAAGAUAUGCAUGCGUCAAUUGGACUUUAUUUCUUCUUUGGGGAAAGAUGAUCCAUUGAAUACCGAGCAAGGGAAUAUCAAUUCAUUGGGUUUGCCACUUCUGAUAGUGAUUCUAUCACUGAAGUCUACGGAAAAAAGCCAGAGGAAAAAAGACAUCAAGGGAAGGGAAGAUAUUGACUGCCACAGGAAGAACAUCCAUCUGGCCCUGGUGUGCUUGAAAAAACUGAUAGCUUUAAGUGAGUGUAGCUUGGAUUGUGCAAAUUUGAUGAAUGACUUGCUGUCAGUUGCUCGAGAUGAGAUUGCAUCUGGAAAUGUGUCAGAUACUAGAUGGGACAAUCAUAGCAACAUUCACGAUAUUGUUGACCCUGGAAGAAGUAAAGAAAUAUUCAUUGAAAAGAUCAUAAAGCCAUUACUUCAGGAGUUUCUUGGGCUUUCUAACUUUUUAUAUUUUCAUGAAGUUGAGGUUAUUUGUGAUAUAGUUAUGAUGAUUACCAGUACCAUGGUGGGGGAAAAGAAGAACCUAAUUGGAGAGUGGGCAACGGGUAUAUGCCAAAGUACUUAUAUAAGAAAUCCUGAAGUUGCUAAAAGAUUGGUCUCGCUUGUCAUUUCUUUGACCUCAGCCCCCAAUGACUUGCUUGUCGUCCAAGACAUGGCAACUCAACUUCUACAAGUAGUUGGGUCAGAGAAGGCAGCCCCAUUAGACAAAUCCGAAGCAUACACUGUCAUAAACAAAUCUACUAGUGCUGCGAUAGCUAACUCUAUUCUGCAAUUUAUUAAAUCCAUUAUAUGUGACAUGGACAGUGUUAUCGGAAAACUGCGAGCAUGUAUCGCAGCUCAGAAAGAGGAUCCUAAGGUUCUGGCACUGGAAUUUUCCUUGUAUGCAAGAGCCGAAGCUACGGCGCUUGUUCUUACUCCUUUUCUACAGAUGAAUCUUAAGGGUCCACAAACAGAAAAGUUUAUGAGAAAUGCUGCAAAGUUCUUUAGAUGUUCGGCUCAAAUCUUGAAGUUUCUUAUUGCUCCUAGAGUUGGAAAGCAUAUUCUCCGAAGCGAGUACAAAAAGUUUGAGCAAGCUACUAGCAGUCUGUUCCUGGCUCUCAUCGACUUUACAGCUUCGAAGCCUGGGGAGCAGAAGGUUGGGUUGAUUGAGUUGCAGAAUCAAUUAGAUGUUACGGAAAGAAAAGAACUAAUUCAAAAAGUCAACGAACUCGAGAGGGAAAGUGAAUGCAACCUAGAGUUGAUUGCCCAAUUGCAGGAAUAUAGCACAGGCAUUAUUCUAGUAAUAGACGCUUUGUUAAGGGAAAGAAAGCGAUCCCAAGGCUCUGGAGGUGAAGAGGGAAAAGGCAACGUUAAGAACUCUUCGCCUGAAGCUAACAGUCCAGAAGCAGCAGCAGAUGAUCCUGGUUCUCCUGAAGUAGUUGGCAUUGACAUUCAAGCAAAGAAGAGAGUGAAAACAGAUGUAGCCGUGGAAGACGACCCGGAUGGACCAACUGAAGGCCGAACCCCGGGAUAGCUGGUAUGUGUAAUACUUUGACCUUUCAAUCAUUUCAUUAGUCUGCUUGUAUAUCAUAUGGUGCAUGUGAAGCAAAUGGUCAUGUGCUAUAGGACAUCAGAUGACUACAUUGAUGCAAAUCUUUACAUGUUAAUGCCAUUUAAAGGUCUAUAGU